CGCAACUUGUCGGUCGGUGACAAUAACCUUUGGAAUUUGCAAUAUUACGGCAAAAAUGCAAAAUUAACACCUGCACGUAAAACGUGUAAAAGUCGGAGAAUGCGAAAUGUCAAAGUUUUACUCCAUAGUUUGAGGAAGACCUCGGACGAAUACGUGCCUGAUUUAAAUAAAUACCAUAUUUAGCAUGAAAUUGUAUUUUAUCUUGAUAAGUGGUGGACUCUUAUCGUCCCUAAUUUUAUUGGGUGUGGUGUCAGGAUUUCGGGAGGAGGAUUUUGACACGGUAGAAAUUACAGCUGUUGGUGAGGUAAAUGAUGACACAAUUUUCGCGAGUAAUGUUCACCCACGUGGGAAGCGUGAAGAUGACACGUCUCCUCGUGCUUCGUCGAUUUCCAUAACGUGCAAAACAGCCCGGAAUGAGGACGGGGUUUGUAAACGGUUUAAGGAAUGCUACCCGCUUUUUCGUCUGCGGGAUUUGGAGGAAACGGAAACGGAGCAAAUAAGUGGGAGAGACAUCGUUCCUGCGAUUCAAAAUUUGGAAUUGGAAAAUAUUUAUCGGAAUGUUUCCGGUCCUUGUGAUAAAGACGUGCUGAAUGCCAUCAGCAACAUAAAUAUUGGAAAGGGCGUCUCGACGAAUGAGUACGUCUGCUGUCCAAAUGAGAAGAAGAAACCCGUGAAUCAGCCGACUCGCCCACCCGCACCCCCCACACCGCGACCGGAAGUUGUGGGGGAUAAAAAGUGUGGCAAGACGUUCGUGACUUAUCGAGAUGACGAGGGAGAUGCGAGUGGAAAUGUCACCUCUUCGGAAACCGGGGCGUUACGAAUCGUUAAUGGAAGACAGGCCCAAAAGGGUGAAUUUCCUUACGCGGUGGCCCUGAUGAACAGGGGAGCUCAAUUUUGUGGAGGUUCACUAAUUUCUAAUUCGCACAUAUUGACGGCCGCGCACUGCGUUUACUACAUGAAUCAGAAGGAUGUGAGCCGCAUGGAAAUUUUCAUAGGAGAUCAUAACGUCUACUCCACGUCGGACGGGCCGCACGAAGUUCGCACCGCGUCGAAUAUUUAUUACCAUCGCGGAUUCAGUAUGAGCACUCUGUACGACGACGUUGCGGUAAUUCGUCUCUCGAAACCGGUCACUUUUGGGAAAUAUAUUCAACCCGUUUGUCUCCACACGGGAGCUCCGCGCUACGACGGGGGGACGACGGGGGCGGAUGUGACGGGCUGGGGACAGACGGCGGAAAAGGGGAAGCUGUCCUUUGUCCUGAACACGGUCAAUGUGCGCGUCAUCACGAAUACGGAGUGCAUGCAGGCCUAUGGAAAGAAGGCGCCGGCCGGAAUUAUUAGUAACAUGGUUUGUGCCGGUGGUAAAGGGAGAGAUUCGUGCAAGGGAGAUUCUGGUGGUCCUCUGACGAUUGAUAGCCACUCACACGCCAAGCAAAUUGGCAUUGUUAGCUGGGGAAUUGGUUGUGCAACUUAUCCAGGGGUUUACACAAGGGUGGACAAAUACUUGAGCUGGAUCUACAAAAAUCAGAGAUAAUAAUUGAAAAAUAAUUCUUUUCGAUUAAAUAAGUACAUAAUUUUUUGCAAAUUAUUUAAUAAAAUUUGUGGUUGUUACAGAUUAAAAAUAAAUUUUUGUAUAAG